UCUAAAACCGUAGUUUUAUGUGUAAUAAUUUAUAUAUAUAAUACCAUGAAUUCAGAUUUUAUUCAGCAAAGUAUAAACGUAAAAAUUUAAUAACUUAUGCCUGAUGGUAUGUCACUAUGCAAAUUAUGUGACACUAUGAAGUCCGAUUUUAUGUUCCUGAAGCCUUUUUUAAAGACUGAAAAUAAUUUGAAUAAAUUGAAAGCCAAUCGAAAUUGGUGCACAUGUUAACAAAGGCUGUUGUUUCACAAAAUAUUUACAUAUGGCUGAGAGUGUUUGAAGUGGUUGAGCCAAUGUCAACAAAAUAAAACAUGAAAUUACUUUUAUGCUUUAUGCCAGAAAACUUCUCAUUUAUGGUUGAACAGUUUUUUAGCUUAAUCUCUGAAAUAGAAAUUUUUUAUGAAAACGAUACAACCAUGAGCAUUAAGCGGUUGAAAGGAAGAUUUGGCAAAAGUAGCACUUAUUCAUUAUCUUCCCAAAUUUCAAUGGAAGAUUGGUCAAAGUACGAUGAUCGUUUGAUUGAUUGUGUUAAUCGAGGCGACAUAGCAAAGCUAAAGCAUACAUUGAAUAAGAAGAAUGUUUCACCAUUUAAGUUAAAUGCAAAUGGACAGACAGUAAUGCAUCUUGCUGUCAAAAAAAGCCAGAUGGAGUGUGUAGAUGCAAUUUUAGCACUUCAUCCUGACCUUUCUUAUGUAAAUGUGGCAGGACAAACAGUUUAUCACAUUGCUGCAAGGAAUGGUGACGUUAUUAUGUUAAAAAAACUGCUUGACUACAGCCGAAAUAAUCUUAAUAUUCAAGAUGAAAAUAAAAUGUCUGCUUUACACUGUGCAGUGCUUAGUGGUGAAGUAGCUUGUAUAAAACUUCUUCUUGAUAAUAAUUCCCCAUUGGAUUUAAAAGAUGAAAAUAAUAGGACACCGUUAUUGCUUGCAAUAACAGAAUGUAAUGAGAAAAUAGCUAUGGAAUUAAUAAUACAUGGUGCUGAUAUAAACAUAUCUGAUAGUUUUGGAAGAACAGCAAUUGUAUUAGCAUGCUCCCAAGGGAUGUCACAAGCUGUAACUUUACUUGUAUCAAAAGGUGCCAACAGUCCAAUAGCUGAAAGUCAAGAAAAACUGACAAAUUCAGGUGAUGAUUUUUCUACUCCAUUGAAAGAAAUAAAAAAAGAUAUUGAUAAAGAAUUUGGAAAUCAAAACAAAGCAAUAGAAGAAACCAAUUCUCUAAAUUAUUCAAACAGAAAUUCAUAUGUGAAUUUGAAAAGAUUGACGAAAAACUUUGACGAUACCAGUUUUACAUCAUCAAUUAUUGAAUCAUUAAUGGGUUUAGAAGUCACUGAUGUUGGCAAAGAAAAUAAUGAAGACAGCUUUGUUCAAAAUAAAGAGAAGUUACAAAUUGAAGAUAUGCGUAAAGAACUUGAAAAAAAAGACUUAAAGAUUAUAGAGCUGCAGGCUGAGCUUUUAGCUCUUCAUAACAAAGUAAAAUUUGAAACUGAAAAGCGUUAUUCUGCUGAGGCUGAAGCAAAUCUUGUUAAGCAACAACUUGAAGAUAAUCAUAUGAAUAGCAAAAAGUUUGUUAGUAAACAAGUUGUAUUUGAAAAUGGUAAAAUAGAAGAAAAUAUUUCAAAAGACAAUAUUCUUGAAAAUAUUUCAAAAGACAAUAAUAUUCAAACACCUGAAUUUCCUCUUACCUCUGAAGAUUUAUUAGAAGAUUCUGAAAACCAUAAAGAUAACAACAAGAUUACAGAAAAUGCUGAAGAUAUUUGUGAUAGUGAGAAUAAAAUUAAAAACAACGAAAAUAAUAUUAAUGGAAAAAGUGAGAAUGAAGUUAAAAACAACGAAAAUAAUAAUAAUGGAGAUAGUGACAGUGACGAAUUCACUUCUUCAACUGGAUAUAGGAAGAAAAGCCUUGGUACUGCUAAACAACAUAUUGAAAUGUUAGAAGAACACAUUUUAAGUUUAGAAGAAGACAUUAAUCAGAGAGAUAAAGAAAUAUAUGAACUAGAAGCAAAACUGAAAAGCAGCAAAGAACUAGUUGACUUGAAUAAUAAUACAACAGUCUCUUUGGAGUUGUAUAACCAACUGAAAGUUGAAAGAAAAAAUGAAAGAAAAUCGCUUAAAGAAAAAAUUAACUGUUUAGAAACUGAACUUGAAAAAAACAAUUAUUUAAAAGUUGAAUUAGAAAAAAUGAAAGUUUUAGAAGGUGAAAUAGAGAAAAUUAGAGGUUUAGAAACCAAGAUAGAAAAACAAAAAAAUAAGAUAAAAUUUCUUGAAGAAGAAAGAGUUGCUUCAAUAGAAAAACAAACUGAUUUAACUAGAAUUAAUUCUGAAAUGGAGCUAGAGCUUCAAAAUUUAUACCAACAACAGAAAAGUUCAAUGACAGAAACAUUGUCAUUAAAAGAAAGAAUCAGUUAUCUUGAAGACAUCAUAAAAGUAAAUACAACUGAGAAGAACAGUGAACUGGAAUUAUUGGAGUUAGAGCGAUUGAACCUUCAAAAUAAAUUGAACGAAACAAAACAAAUUGAAAUCGUUACUACUCAACUUACAAAUCAAAUUGCUGAGCUAAAUAACGAAAUAUUGGAAGCUGAAAAACACUUUAAGGAAUGCGAAGCCGAACAUACUAAACAGAUUGAAAACUAUCGUGCAUUAGUUCUUCAAGUUUUUAAGGGUGUUUUGGACCCCAAAAUGGAAGAGGUUCUUUCAAAAAUUGCGCUUUUAAGAAAUUGUUAAAUUUUUACGUUUUGUAAAGAAAAAUAUUAUAGAGAUCUCUCCGGUGUAAAGCGUUCUAUCACGUUCGGAGUAUUUUAUAUCUAACUAAUUGAUAGAAAUUGUGCUACCAGAAACUUUAAAUAAAUAUAUAUUUGUUGUAAACAUAGACUGUUAAUAGUGUUAGUAAACUUU